GUGAUAAACUUAUUAAAUAGAUCAUCGAAAAUGGUUGCAAAAAUUGCCGUCAAGCCUGCUUUCAAGGGAAAGAUCGUAAAGAAGAGGACGAAGAAGUUCAUGCGACACCAGAGCGAUCGAUACCCCAGGAAACUGCUGACAGGAUGGAGAAAACCCAAGGGAAUUGACAACUGUGUGAGGCGAAGAUUCAAGGGAAAACCUCUGAUGCCUAACAUCGGUUACGGAAGCAACAAGCGAACCAGAUACAUGAUGCCUAACAAGUUCUACAAAGUGCGAGUCUUCAACGCCAAGGAACUGGAACCGCUGAUGAUGCAGAAUCAAAAGUACGCCGUCCAGAUUGCGGCCAGGUGUUCAAAGAAGACGAGAAAGGCUAUCGAAGAGCGAGCACAGCAGAUGCAAGUGAAAUUGCUCAACUGAAGUGAACUCAUCUGAAUUGAGACUUUGAUUUCAUGCUAUUUUUGUCUUUUCGAAGUCUUUGGGUCUUGAGUUCCCAACUUGAUGAAUUUCAAGUUUAUCAUCA